AUGAUCAAAAAACUAGUUACAUGGUUUACCAAGCCAAAAGACAGUAACCGCGCCAUGAUCUGGAGAGAGCUCUAUGCUGAUGUUUUCCAAAACUGCCUGAAGUUUUGUGCUUACUCUGUCUCAGGCUCCCAAGCAAUGAAGGCUGAAAACAUGCGAGCUUUUUUUGACUUUUUAAACCAUCUAGUUAUGCUGGGUGCUAACAAAUCCUCAGAAAGGCUGCCAGAUAUCAAUUAUAACUAUGGCUACGGACGAAUAAAAAACCUUGCUGUGAUAGUUCCUGGGCUCUGCUUUUUCUUGUCUGGAGUUUAUAACUUUUCCACUCCAAUGGCACAGGUUUUCUACUUUAAAGAAGCAGCAGAGCUACUUACCAUCACCCCAGCUUCUUUUUCUGUGAUACUUAUUUAGCUUAUUUUUUUGUCAAGUUUUGUGGAAUUUUGGCUAUUUUAUAAGAAUUUAGGAAAUAUCAAGGAAUUUCCAGCGUCACUGAGCUUUAAGGAAUCACUUAAAGGUAGACUAAAGCUUUCUUAUGAUAUAAUUACCCAAAAAAUUGAUAUUGAUCCUAUCCAAAAUGCUAUCGCAAUAGAAAAUGUUUUAGCUGUUAUGGGGGUUUGCACUCCAAUAGCGACUUCUGCACUAUACUAUGUUACAAAUCUGUGGUGGCUUGACCCAUUGGGUCAAGCUAUAAACGGAGUAAUUCAGAUGUAUUUAGGGUAUUUAAUUAUAGAAGAUAAUUCAAAAAUUUUGAUUGAUAAAAGUGUGAAUGAAGAAUACAUGAAAAAAGUUAGGGAAUUUAUUAGUAGUCGAAAUGGGGUGCUGAAAGUAUGGAAAUUAAAGUCAAAAUAUGCCUUUUCGAAUUUACUAGGACUUAUCAAUUUAUUUUUCUGGAGUAAUUUGCAAUAAAAACUAUCAGAGAUAUUUAUUUUUUAAAAAUAAAUAAAAUAAUAUGAUAUAUUUAAACUCGACUGAAUACUCUAUAGCUAUUGAUAUAGCCUAUGAUCCUAAAAAAAUCAGCUCAAGUGUUGUUGAAGAGCUGAAAAGCGACAUUGAGCAAGCCUCAAAGGGAAGGUCAGAAGAAGAAAUAAAGCAGCUGAUAACGAAAGCUACAGAAUUUGUCCUUGUGAAAACUGACGAGUUCAAUAGAGGUCUUAAAAUCGAAGUCAAGCAGCAGUUUCCUGAUGUUGCUGAUAUAGAUAUUGAGCAGUUAAAAAUAAGGCCAAUUAGUAAAGAUGAAUAUCGAUCUUCAUAA